AUGAUCUACAUUUCAAAAGGAUUCAAACCGCUAGUAGCCCUAGCUCCCAACUCCCUUAAUGAUCCAGAUAUUCAAAUCAUUGAUAUCACUCAAGGAAAACAUACAAUACAAUUCAUCAAUAUCUACAAUGAAACGGAUCAAGCCAAAGAAAAAGGCCAUACCAUCGAAAGAUGCCUUUACAAUACCCCUCUUACUCAUCACACCAUCCUCGUAGGAGAUUUCAACUCCCAUCACCCUUGUAUACCGAGAAUCAAGUCCACAAAAAGAGUUAAACCCUGGUGGUCCCUAGAGCUGAAAGCCCUUCGAAAACGACUCUCUAAUGAAUGGCCUGAUCUUACAGAGAGCGAACUCCUAAACGCGUGCUCUGCAAAAAUCAAAGGAAAGACCCCUGGCCCCGAUGGGAUCACUCAAGAUAUUAUUAUUCAAGCGUACAAAGCAAUACCAAAAGCAUUCUUCACCCUCUUCAGUCAUCUUAUCAACCUUGGUUACUAUCCUUCUUGCUGGAAACAAGCUACUGGAGCGAUACUCAAGAAACCUUCAAAACCAGACUACUCGGUCCCAAAAGCUUAUAGAGUUAUCGCCUUACUAAAUUGCCUUGGCAAAAUAAGUGAAAGAAUUCUGGCUCAAAGGCUUAGCUACUUAGCGGAGACUACGCAAUUACUUCAUUACUCUCAAAUGGGUGGAAAACAAAAGAAAUCAGCCAUCGAUACAGCAAUCUUACUCACUACCGAAAUCGAAAGAAAUUCAAGAUCCAAGAAGAAAACCUCAACUCUCUUUCUGGAUGUUAAAGGCGCCUUUGAUCAUAUAUCUAUGAACAAAUUAUUAGAUAUCUGCAAGAACCUAAACCUCCCAACCAGCCUAAUCGCCUGGAUCUCAUCUUUUUUGAAGGAAAGGCUACUUAAGCUCUUAUUCGAUGGCCAAAUUGAAAUCUUCAAACCGAUCAAUACCGGGAUCCCCCAAGGUAGUCCUAUUUCGCCAAUCCUCUUCUUAAUUUAUAUUCGAGAUCUAUUCUUAGCAAAUUCAAUCAAAUAUCUCUCAUAUAUAGAUGAUAUAGCUUUAACAACAUUUUCAACAUCUUGGAAAAAGAACAUCAUCUCCCUCGAAAGAGCAACUAAACAGAUAUAUGCUUUGGGCAAAGAAAAUGCUAUUCAAUUUGAUCUAGCGAAGACGGAACUAAUACACUUCUCUACAUCCAAAGAUACGAAGACAGCCUCAAUCAAGCUUCCGAACAAGGAGAUAAUUCAACCCUCAACAAUAAUCAGAUGGCUAGGCAUAUGUCCCAAGACAAUGAGACAGCUCUAUAUAGCAUACGUCACCAGUAUAGCUGACUACGGUUCAAUUUUAUGGUGGAAAAGGCAAAACCAAUUCAAGAAAAUCCUUCAAUCCUUGCAAAACCUCGCCCUCCGAAAAAUCCUAGAAGUAUUCAAAACCUCACCAAUAAAACCAAUGAAAAUAGAAGCCGUAUUGUACCCUCCAGAAGUACAGCUAAAUGCUGGAAUCAAACAAUACGCAUUUAGAUUAUUGAAAAUCUCGCCUUCUCAUCCUGUCAAUUUAGUAGCUACAAAGCUGGCUACAGAAAAGGAGAAUCAAGAUGUAGUUGCAACCCCUCAAAGAAAGCAAUUAAAACCUACUCAACUCGAAAAGAUCAAAAAUUCAAUUCAGAAAGACUUCGAUCCUCUCACUUUAGAAGGAAUCCAUCACUUCUACUUUCCUCCUUGGAAGAAAGAAGUUCCAUAUAAAGUCAAUAUCAGCAAAUUAGGAAAAGAAGAAGCUGCGAUGAUCCACAAUCUGGCUUUCAAAUAUAGAUGCAAAAAUAUUAUUAUAAUAUACAUCGAUGCCUUAUCCAUUUUAGAGGGAAUAGGGGUUGGGGUCGGGAUAGUAAUCAUCUUACCAAAUGGCCGAAUUUCAUAUCAAGAGAUUAUCAAUAUAGGUGUGAAUCAGUUUGUCUAUAAUAGCGAGCUCCUAGGAGUUACUAAAGCGAUCGAAUACGCAAAUUCAAUAACCCAACGAGGAAACAAGUUCAAGAUAUACUCAGAUAAUCAAGCAGGAUUAUUCCGGUUGAAAACCCCCUUCGAUUUACCUGGUCAAUCAUGCCAAAUCAAAGCAAUAAAAGCUGCAGAAGCUAUUCAAAAUAAAGGAGCCGAAAUCUCUCUCAAUUGGGUCCCCGGACAUACAUCUGUACAAGGAAAUGAGCUAGCUGAUUCUCUUGCAAAAGAGGCGACCAAAAUAUUAUCCUCAUCUCACGAAACCAGUUAUACCUCCAUUGGAAUGGAUAUAAAAAGAAUGAAAUCAGAGAACUGGAUAGCUAUCCUUAACACUAACAAUUUUCAUCAACCAUCGUCAACAUAUUCAAGAAACUACCCCUGGAAGAUCAGCUCAAAAAUCAGAGUUCCAGGAAACAUCAAAUGUUGGGUUUCUUGA